CCACCCGCUCCGAGCCCUGGCCCCCGCACUGGGGUCCCCCGCUGCCCCUCACCCCCUCCGGCUUAACGCUCUGAGAAGGAUCGGACCGAAAGGCGGAGCAGCCCCGUCGGGGUAGGGGAGGCGCGGAGCGGCGCGGGGCACCGCGGAUGGGGCGCCCGGGGCGGGGGGCGCGCGUGGAGCGGGGCCGGCGAGCGGCUCCCCCCACCUCCCGCUCCGCGUCCUCUCUCCCCUCCUUCCUUUGUCGUCAAGUGCGUUUUAGCAACAAAGAUCCCAAUAAGAGAGUGGAAGUAAACUUAGCCGGGGCUUUGUGCGGCCCGUGUAGUGACAACAAGAGAAACAAAACUACCUAUUUGUAGCGCCGGGCCGCGCUCCCCCCGCGCUGUGCGCCCACCCAGCGCCGCCUCUGCCCGCACAAUGGGCACGGAGUAACGUUACGCUGCUGGGCCUGAUCGCGCCCGCGGGCAGCAGAGGGACGGAGCGCUCCCCGGGGCCCUGCAGAGGGGGUCCAUGCCUCGCAUUGUGUUCUGCUGGGAGGACAUUUGGGGGACCCGUUGUUGCACUGGACAGCCCCCCUCCUCCAAGGCUGAAGGAAAGGGCUUGGCGUUGUAUGGCGCGGCCGGAAGGGCGCAGGGCCCGGUGUAUGGCCAGGAGAAGGGCACAGCCUCUUCCUGGGCUGAGCGGUGCGAGCUCAGCUUCCCGGCGGCGGCAGGCAAAGGGCGGCCCGGGAAAGGCGCGGCUGCAGGACCCGUCUGGGGCGCCCCGUUCUUGGGGGCUCCACGCACGUGGCCGGUCUGCACAUCGGAGGCCCCGCGCAGGCGGGCGGCCCCUCCGUCCCCAGGGACACUGGCAAAGGGGGUGGGGAUCGGGGGGAAGCCGUUCUUGCUCCGCUCCCCCCCGGCUUCUCCCAGCCCCAAGCCAACAUCAACUUUAAAAAAAAAAAAAAACAACACGUAGCAACAAUGCUGUUUACCCACUUCCUCCAAAAGGCGUGUGUGACCUGUUGCUGGAAGGGGAGAUACAAAGGCUUCCCAGUGGCUGCCUGUGCCGCCUCCGGGCCCGCCUCCCCCGCCGAGCCGUCCCGGCGGCUCCGAGCCCCCGCCCCGUUUCAUGCAAAACCAGGGGUAGAGACUUGUCCUCAGUGGCGGAGCCGCCGAGCGCUGAUUGGCCGGGGCGAACACAUUUAUUCCCUGACAAGCCCCCAUCACAUGGAUGGUUGUCUAUUAACUUGUUCAAAAAAGUAUCAGGAGUUGUCAAGGCAGAGAGAGAGAGUGUGUGUGUUUGCAAAAGGGGGUAAAGUAGUUUGCUGGCUCUUUAAGACUGAGGUGGAGAGAGAGAGAGAGAGCGAGCGGCAGACAGAGAAAAGGGAAAAAGGAGGAAGAAGUUUUUUAAAAUCAAGGCUCCGGCGGUAAUAAUAGCAGUUAUUGGCAUUAUUAAUCCAUCAGCGAAGAGGAAGAUCCUGAUCUUGAUCCAAGUGUGGUUUUGGGGAGUCCCCCUCCCCCCUUUCCUACCCCUCCCUAGGAAAAAAAAAAAAAAAAGUCCGGCUUGGGACUUCGCUGCGGCUGCUCCUCGCUUCUCUGCUAAAGGCUGGUUCCAGGCAAAAGUAGUUUGAAUGUACAACAUGAUGGAAACCGAGCUGAAACCUCCCGCCCCCCAGCAAACUUCGGGGGGAGGCACAGGCAAUUCCAACUCAGCCGCAAACAACCAGAAGAACAGCCCGGACCGGGUCAAGCGCCCGAUGAACGCGUUCAUGGUGUGGUCCCGCGGGCAGCGGCGGAAAAUGGCCCAGGAGAACCCGAAGAUGCACAAUUCCGAGAUCAGCAAACGGCUCGGGGCGGAGUGGAAACUUUUAUCCGAGGCGGAAAAGAGACCCUUCAUUGACGAAGCUAAGCGGCUCAGAGCUCUGCACAUGAAGGAGCACCCGGAUUAUAAAUACCGACCCCGGAGGAAAACCAAGACCCUCAUGAAGAAGGAUAAGUACACGUUGCCAGGGGGUUUACUGGCACCGGGCACCAAUACCAUGACGACUGGGGUAGGGGUUGGGGCCACCUUGGGAGCUGGGGUGAACCAGAGGAUGGACAGUUACGCGCACAUGAACGGCUGGACCAACGGCGGCUAUGGGAUGAUGCAAGAGCAGCUCGGCUACCCGCAGCACCCGGGCUUGAACGCGCACAACGCGGCGCAGAUGCAGCCCAUGCACCGCUACGACGUGAGCGCCCUGCAGUACAACUCCAUGACCAGCUCGCAGACUUACAUGAACGGAUCGCCUACCUACAGCAUGUCUUACUCUCAGCAAGGGACCCCGGGCAUGGCCCUGGGCUCCAUGGGCUCGGUGGUCAAGACGGAAUCCAGCUCCAGUCCCCCCGUAGUCACUUCCUCGUCUCAUUCAAGGGCUCCUUGCCAAGCUGGGGACCUUCGGGACAUGAUCAGCAUGUAUCUACCAGGUGCUGAAGUACCAGAACCAGCUGCCCCAAGCAGACUUCAUAUGUCCCAACACUACCAGAGUGCACCUGUUCCUGGCACAGCCAUUAAUGGCACACUCCCUCUAUCACAUAUGUAAGACAAAGGGGCCGGGGGGGAGGGGGGGAAGGGGAGGAAGGAAAACUAAACAAAACAAACAACAAAAAAACCACUUUUAUUAGAAAUUCUGGACUUUUUUUUUUUUUGGACUAUUUUUGUACAGAGAAAACUCGCGGUGGGGAGGGAUAGGGUGAGGGGGCAGAAAUUAAACUGACAAGGAACUUGUAUAGAUCUCGGAGGGGAAGCAACUACACAAAACUUUUAAAAAGUUCUAGUGAAAACGGUAGGAACUUUGCAGAAAGUUUGCAAAAGUCUUUACCAAUAAUAUUUAGAGCUAGACUCAAAGAGCAAAGAGGAAAAUGUUUUAAUAUUUGCAGGCAACUUUUGUACAGUAUUUAUCAAAAGAAACAUGGCAAUCAGAAUGUCCAUUGGUAAUAUAGAGAGAGGAAAAAACCUAACUCGCGAAUUUGCCAAUUAUUUUUUAAAAAUAGAGUCUACUUGGAGCGUUGUGGCUUUGAAGGCUGAAUUUAUAGCAGCUGCGAGAGGAGAGGAAAUUAUUUUACAGCAUUUGGACAUUUAAAUUGUUUUAGGAAUUGUACAAAAGACAAAAAUGGUAGGGUGAGUACUUGCGAACCAUGGACUUGGUUUGCUGUAAAAGGGCAAAAGUUUAGAUUGUACUAAAUUUUUUUGUUUGUUUUUUUACUUGUUGUUAAAAAGCAAAAAUUGCCAUGCAGGUUCACACGCCGUUUGUUAAUUUAUAAUAACUUUUGUUUCCAGAAUUCAUCCUGUUCAAAGAAAAGAAAAGGAAAAAAAAUAAAUUACUGUGUUUGAAAUAUUUUCUUAUGGUUUGUAAUAUUUCUGUAAAUUUAUUGUGAUGAUAUUUUAAGUUUUUGUUUUGUUUUUAUUUUUAUCUUGUUUGUUUUUUUUUUUCCUCCUCAUUUUCCGUAGUUGUAUUUUAAAGAUUCGGCUCUGUAUUAUUUGAAAUCAGUCUGCCGACAGUCCAUGUAUAUAUUUGAACUAAUACCAUCCUUAUAACAGGUACAUAUUCAAGUUAAGUUUUUACUCCAUUAUGCACAGUUUGAGAUAAAUAAAUUUUUGACAUAUGGACACUGAA